AUGGGGUAUGGUGGUGAUCAGGAUGCUGGUAUGGGACAUGGCGGUGAUCAGGAUGCUGGUAUGGGACAUGGCGGUGAUCAGGAUGCUGGUAUGGGGUAUGGCAGUGAUCAAGGCGCUGGUAUGGUGUAUAGAAGUGAUCAGGCUGCUGGUAUGGUAUUUGGAGGUGAUCAGGGUGCUGGUAUGGUAUAUGGCAGUAAUCAGGGUGUUGGUUUGGGGUAUGGCGCUGAUCAAGACACUGGUAUGGCAGUUAUCAGGACAUUGGUAUGGUGUAUGGGGGUGUUUUGUGCGCACUGGGAC